AUGAGUGGUCGAGGGAAGACCGGUGGUAAGACUAGAGCUAAGACCAAGACUCGUUCAUCCCGUGCCGGUCUUCAGUUCCCCGUGGGCCGUGUUCACAGACUGCUACGUAAGGGCAAUUAUGCCCACCGUGUGGGAGCUGGUGCUCCUGUCUACUUGGCUGCCGUGCUGGAGUAUCUGACCGCUGAGAUCCUCGAGUUGGCUGGUAACGCCGCCAGAGAUAACAAGAAGUCUCGUAUCAUCCCUCGUCAUCUGCAGUUGGCCGUGCGUAACGACGAGGAGUUGAACAGACUGCUUGGAGGUGUAACCAUCGCUCAGGGCGGUGUGCUGCCUAACAUCCAGGCUGUUCUGUUACCCAAGAAGACCGAGAAAGCAGCCAAGGCCAAUUUUGUUCGACGAACACAUCUGAUCAUCAAAAUGAGUGGCCGAGGGAAGACCACCGGUAAGACUAGGGCUAAGGCCAAGACUCGUUCAUCCCGUGCCGGCCUUCAGUUCCCCGUGGGCCGUGUUCACAGACUGCUACGUAAGGGAAAUUACGCCGAGCGUGUGGGAGCUGGUGCUCCUGUCUACUUGGCUGCCGUGCUGGAGUAUCUGACCGCUGAGAUCCUCGAGUUGGCUGGUAACGCCGCCAGAGAUAACAAGAAGUCUCGUAUCAUCCCUCGUCAUCUGCAGUUGGCCGUGCGUAACGACGAGGAGUUGAACAGACUGCUUGGAGGUGUAACCAUCGCUCAGGGCGGUGUGCUGCCUAACAUCCAGGCUGUUCUGUUACCCAAGAAGACCGAGAAAGGAGCCAAGUCCAAGUAAAGUCGCU